GGGGGCGACUCCGGCGGGACAGACAGACGUCCCGGGAAGGGGAGGGGCCUGGUGAGCAGGGGGAGGAGCCCUGGGAGAGGCGGCGCCGCGGGGAGGUUGGGGAGAGCGAGCCCCCCCCCCACCCUGAGACUGGGCGGCCCGAGACACAAAAGCUCCGGCGGGCAGUCCAGUGCUGGCGGCGGUGUCCGGCGGGGCAGGUGGGGGCGCCUCCCUGGGCCGCGGGGCCGUCGCCGCCUCCCUGGGCCCGCCCCGCAGCCCGCCCCGCAGCGCUCCGGCCGGGACCACCCCGCGAUGCCGCGGCGGCCGCCGCCGGAGCGCUCAGCCGCCGGUGAGUUUCGCUUCGCGGGGCCGCCCUGCGUCCCCAGGUCGGCGAUGUCUGUGUCCCGCACGGCUGCCGCACCGGAGCCAGGAAGCGGGAAAAGAAAUGAGUGCCCUGGAGUAUGCUAGAUGCUGGUGAGCUCCUGGACCACUUCACCACCUUGGCAAAACAAGAAGAGGGCAGGUGAGGGAGUCCUUGGACUCUGGAGACAGCUCCUUGACCCUGACCUUUGAACCUUGGCCCGAUUUUUUUUUUUUGAGGGUGGGGGUGGAGCUGCCGUCCACGAUGGAGACCCUGUCCCAGGAUUCCUUGCUGGAAUGCCAGAUCUGUUUCAACUACUACAGCCCGCGGCGCCGGCCCAAGCUGCUGGACUGCAGACACACGUGCUGCUCGGUGUGCCUCCAGCAGAUGCGGACGAGCCAGAAGGAUGUGCGGUGCCCCUGGUGCCGUGGCAUCACCAGGCUGCCCCCGGGCUUCUCAGUGUCGCAGCUGCCCGAUGACCCCGAGGUCCUGGCGGUCAUCGCCAUCCCACACGCCUCGGAGCACACCCCGGUCUUCAUCAAACUGCCCAGCAACGGGUGCUACAUGCUGCCCCUGCCCAUCUCCAAGGAGCGCACGCUACUGCCCGGCGACAUGGGCUGCCGCCUGCUGCCCGGCGGCCAGCAGAAGCCGGUCACCGUGGUCACCAUCCCCCCCGAACAGCAGCCUCUGCAGGCCGGGGCCCCCCCAGAGGCGGCGGCCGAGGAGCCCGAGCGGCGGGGCGCGGUGAAGAGCUCCACCUGGUCUGGGGUGUGCACGGUCAUCCUGGUGGCCUGUGUGCUGGUCUUCCUGCUGGGCAUCGUGCUGCACAACAUGUCCUGCAUCUCCAAGCGCUUCACCGUCAUCUCCUGCGGCUGAGCAGCGCUCCCUGCCCGCCAGGCUCUCGUGGGUGCCAGCUAGGGGGUGGAGCCCAGGUGUUUGAUGACCUGUAGGGGUGGGGGUGGGGGGAGAGCGACCCUGAUGAUGAUGAUGAUGAUGAUGAUGAUGAUGGUGGGGGUGGAGGUUUUGGUGAUGAUGAUGGCGGCGUGUUGCACAUUUGGCGAACCCCGAAGCAGACAGGGAGGGCAGGAGGUGAGGUCUCUGAGCCAGAGCACCACUGAGCGCUGAUGGCAGCCGCUUUGAAGACGAUUGCAUGCAUCUUCGUCCCCCCUCUCCCAAUGGACUGUCCUCUACGUUUUUUUUUCCAGAAUCAUGUGCGAGAUAGACUUACUACACUUAGACGUCAAACUGUGCAAGUGUGUUCCCUGUGAUCCUCUCUCAAUGUGCUAGAUUCGAACCAAGAUGCACUGAACAAGUAGAAUCAAACCUGAGAAUUUGUGUUAAAACAAAGACACACACACAUAAAAAAAAAAAAAGACUGCAGCAGAGACAUGUUUGCUCGUUUCUCCCCACCCCUUUCUCCUUUUCUCCUUUUCUCCUUCCUUCCUUCUUUCCUUCCUUCCUUCCUUUCUUCCUUUCAUGAAACCCUGCCUUCAGUUAGUUGCUAAGGCCUUUGCCACUUUUGGAACGACACCUGGAUUCAACUAAGUUCAACUGGAAAGUAGCCUUUCUCUUUGGAAGAAAUGGUUUGAACAAGGGUUUCCAAGGUGGUGUGUCUUGUCACGUCCCUUAAUUUUUCUUCCCUUGUAACUAGAGCUUGCUACGUGUUUAUGAAACUGAAAGCCCAAUAGGGGAGCAAUAAACAAGAGUUAUAAUGGGAAAUGCCUAAUCCCACAGGAAAUCUGUUUGCCAAUUUUUUCAAGCCAUCUCACAAAAAAGAAUUUUAUGUGUAAAUACUGUGUUUCUCUCUCUGUCUCUCUCUCUGUGUGUAUUUUGAUACAUCUCAGGUUUUGAGUCUUUUCAGGAGACUGUGAGGAAUGAGACUUUGUGGGAGUGAAUGACUCUGGAGUCUGAAGUGGUGGGCACCUUCCGGGUGUCAGGACUCAGCCAGGGAUUUGUCACAAACUCUGUUGCUUCCAUCACUUGCUUCUCAACUCCUGUGUCCUUUGAGGCACAAAUGCAAAGCAAAAGAAGACCCUGUUUUUUUCUUCCAUCUUGGGGACUUGUGAUAGCCACAGAUGUGGUCAACAGAUGACAAACCUAGAUGGCAUUUUACUACAUAGUCAGUGGUGACUUGGGUGGGGAGCUAUAGUUCUGUGAGAUUUAAACCUUUUAGAAUUCCGGUUCCCUCUUCUUGUAUAAAUGAGAAAAUGUCUUGUAUUUCCUAAUGUGUUUUUAAUCGAGAAAAGUGACAAACUAAACUAACACUUCACAUUCCAAUUUAAAUAGCCUGGUUCGUCAUAAAUCCUUGAAGAGUCUUGAAUUUCUUAACGGUCCAUAGAAACUCAUGAAGAACUGUUGGUAUUGAAUGAUGAACUCCUUUGCCCGGUGAUAUGUGCAUUUCAGAAGUAGCUGUGAGCUGUGCCGUUCUUCUCUCUUUUUCUUUUUUUUUAAUGGAACUUGUGAAAAAGCAAGUGAUAUAUGACAUGGACUUCUCUCAUAGCUAUACCUGUCAGUGUUCCCUUGGAUCCAUCAAAUGUGGGAAAGAGAAAAAGCAGGGAUGUUUCCAAAAUGCAAGGCUAAAAAUAGCUUCAUUUAAACUAAGAGUUUAGUUUACUUAGAUGUUAACUACUACCUGUGACAGCACAAAACACGUUAUGGGGGUGAUGAUAAUCUGAGAUAAAGCAAAAAUAUAACAAUAGACUCCAAAGUUAACCUUUUGGCAUGAGGAUUCAGUGUGAAAAAUGUGAAUUUGGGACUUUCAAAUCUUUCAGGGAAUGUAUUCUAAUACUCAAACUAGAAAUUGGGUUAAAAUGCCAUUUAUUGUGUAAGCCAUUGAGCAUUAUACAACAAAGUAAUCUAGGAUUUAUUCGGUAUUAAUAAUUUAGGUAUAUUAGCUGAAUACUAUCCUCUAUUAUGUAACUUAAUAUGCUGUUGGGUUAGUGUCAAUUUCUCAGAUUCUCUCAGGCUGCCAUAAUGCAUGUCUGACCUGAUUUCUAUUCCACUUGGGGAAACAAAAAGCAAAACCGAAACGUAGCAUUAAGAAUGCUGUGUUUCUCAUGGACUUUGCCCUAGCAGCUUUAAGCCAUGCCAUAUUCAGACUAAUUGCUGUGAAUGUACGUUCAUGUCCAGUAUGAAAUGAUCGGCCUUGUAGUGUCUGUAGUGCGUGGUAGAACUUUAUACUAAGUAGGUUAGAUAUAGAUGCUAACGGGUGGUGACACAGCGCCCCCCGUUUCGUAGUGAGGUAUGUAAAUGACCACAUACUUUUACUUAGAAACAACCCUAUGGUUGAACAGCAAGAAGGCAGGAACUAAAUCACUUGGCUCUGUCUGCAGCAUCACAGUGGAAGGUAAAAACAACCCAAAAUGGGUUUUUUUUAAUAUGAGUUUGACUAAUGUGAAAAAUUAAGCCUGGCUCCGUCUGCUCUUCUUGAUGCUUUUGCUUUUUAGUGAUGUGUGUGUGUGUGUGUGUGUGUGUGUGUGUCUGUCUGUCUAAGAGACAGCUGUCUCGACAUGCCUGAUGUGAUUUAGCAUCCUGUUUCUCUGGCCUUUUCUGGCAUGGACCCAUGACACUAAUAGCUCAUCAAGUCCAGUGACACAAUGAGUCGGAAUUCACAGUUGUACACCAAUGGGGGUUGGGAGGACUAACAUCUAACAUCUAACAUCUCAGAAAGUUAGAGCUAAAAGCAGCAGCCUGUGGUGACUGCAUUUUCUUGGUGAGUCUGCUGAGGCCCACAGAGAUGAGGGACAGCUUGUAAUUCUGUGGCAAAAGGCAGAUGAGAACGUCAGGCCUCCUUCCACAUCUCUACCAGGCUCUGAAUGAUUUCAGGGUGGAUGAAUUCUCUUGACUAAAUUAACUAGUGCUUUAAGGAUUUUGUCUGGUUUUAUUUUAGUAAAUUUAUAUAUUUCUUUUGGUUAGCAUCUACCUCUCUGGGAAAUCCAAGGAGGAUUGGUUUAGGCAUGACAACAAGAAAACCCGUGUGGGAGGAGUUUGUUUAGAUUACAAGGCAUUGCUCCCCGCCCCUUAAGUGUAAGGGCCAGUGAGUGUUGUGUAAAUAAUAAACUAUAAGAAGCAUGAAACUUCCUCUUUAUUACUGACCUUGACUUAAGCAAGGAAAUGCUUAAUGUGUUAUGUAGAGCCAUGUGUGCUCUCAACAAAGUAUUGUUUUUGGAAAAAGGAAAAAAAAAAAAAAAAGAACUUUUUUUGUGUGUGUAUAAAGACCUGGGGCAUAAGUUGUGAUGAAAAGGCUAAGUGGCUUUCAGUUCACGGCAGACUGUGUGUAUGAUUAGAAAGCUAAGAAGUUGUUUCUUUAAGAACCUACUUACGUUUAAUUUUGCAGGCAACUUUAAGAGAGGAACCCUUAAAGGUUAGACUCUGUGCUGCUACUGCAGCACUUACUAUCUUCCAGAUUGGCACUGUUCAGCACAGGCUGGGUGUUCUGUGACCAGUGCUGUUCGGUGCAGUAGCCACUGGCCACAUUGGUGGUUGGACAAGUGCUUGGGGCCAGUCUGACUGAUGGAAGAACUGGAUCUUGUAUUUCAUUUAAAGUUAUUUAAGUGUGGUCACUCACAUAUGGCUGGUGGCUACCAUACUGGACAGCACAAUGCUGGGUUUUUGAACAAUGGAUCUUGCAUCAGAGUGUUAAUGGAAUAACAGAAGGAAGCUAAGAAAAUGUUCUGUGGUUUAAGACAUGCAGCUGACCAAAAAUAAAUUCCUUUCUGGGCCAAGAGAAUAUAUGAUCUGAAGUAUGACUAUACUAAAAAAAAAAAACUUCUUUAAUUGCCCUUUGGGGUAAUUACUUAGGUACUUUGGGCCAAUGAAUGAUCAGUGAAGCUUCAAGAGUGCUUUAUGAAGCCCCUGUUCUGGACCAUUAGCUGCAUGUGAAUCUAUUGUCCAAAAAUAGUAGUUAGUCAGUAGCUGUAAAAUGUUUGACUUGCAACUGUGCAUGACCUGUAUUGUGAAUUUGUGUUUAGGGUCUUGUGGCCAAAACAAGUAAAUGUUACAGGGAAACUAAAAGUCUAAUGAAAUCUCCCUUCAUUUUUGACAUCUUACCAAACUUCAUUGCUGCAUUAGUAUGGUGUGAAGUAGAGGCAAGCAUGUUUUGCAGUAUUCAUUUGCCCUUGAAGUCUGCUAGUUUAUUGUAUUUGGUGGGGGCAUGUGUUGGUGUCAUUUUUCAGAUGCCAGACUAAAACACACAGGUACUAUUUUUAGAGUGAGAUUUGACAUUGUUUUAGUCUUGUUUGGGGUUUUUGUUUGAUCACUGGAAGAACUGAAGAUUUAGAGCCUUGCAUAAAGGCUUUUUUAUUAUUAUUAUUCCAUUAAGAAACAUUACCCAUGAAAACUUAAAACUGGAAGGCUAUUAAGAUUACUGUGAGACUGUGAAAAGUGAGUCAAGGGAAGCAGAAAAUUCAGUUUGAGAUUUAUUUUCAUAGGACUCUUCCCGAUAGUAAGGAAUUUAUCCCCAUCUAGAUUUAGAUUUGAAAAGAGUUCUCAUUGCUUUCUUUAAAAACCUCUUUGGUGUCCAAAUUGGUUGGUCUGCUUUUCAUUGUGACUGAAUAUAAACCAAAUGCAUUUGCUUCAGUUUAGCAGAAUUGAGAAUUUUUUUUCUUAAUUUUAAAUUUUAGUCUUCAGUGGACAUGAUUUUUUUUUUAAGCAUGUCUAACAAAAUAAGUUUUUAUUCCAUUAAGAUGAUAGUUGUUCUUUAGACUUCAGGGGAAGUUAAAAGGUCUGCUGGUUUUGGUGUGAGAGGAGUGAAAUGCAAAAAACUUUGAAUUUCUAUCUUCCCUUAGAAAAAAUGGUGCUGCUCAAUAGUCAGCAUUUUGUCUCCACACAAGUGUCAUCAGUCAGUUGAUCUGCCAUCCUUGACCUAGAAGAAGCUGUUCCUUGGUAUUUCCAUCAUUCUCAGUAAAGUGUCACCCACCCACAAGGUAAUCCUUACCAAACCCCCGCAAAGAAUGAGCUUUUCAGAAUCAUUCAGCAGCUAUUUUGAAAGUAGUGUUUUAUUUCACAACUGAUGGCAAUGAGUUAGUUGCUAAAUUUGGUUAAACAUGAAAGUCUUCUAGAAAAUAAGUCAAAAUUCAAAGCAUCAAAGUAAGCCAAAAUUUGAAUUAUUGUCUUUUCUGACACAAUUGAUUUAUAUGAACCUACAUAGGUAUGUGCACACACACACACACACUUUAGUCAUAAUUGAAGUUAAAAAUUGGAACCAAAGUGUUAUAAGCCACAUUUUCCAAUUUGUGGAUUAUCUCAUAUUGAAAUUAAAUGCUCCAGUUUCUUGAUAAAUUCUGUAGACUACAUUCAUUCUGCUAAGCUAGUCACAUUUGGAUUCUACUAUGUACAUUUUACUAGAAAGCCAUUGAUCAUUGAAGAACAUAUGUGGAUCUUGGGUUCUUUCAAUUUCUAUCUUACAGAUUUCUAUCUUCUUCCAUCCCCCCUCCCCCCCCCCAACUCUUGCAGUGGGGCUCUGAUUUAUCUGCACAACUUUCAUUGUACAGCUGGGCCAGUGUUGUUUGCUUUUGUUGUUGUUGUUUUUUCAGGAUCCACUGCCUGGGGUAUCCCACUCUAUAUCUCUCUCUCACCUUUGAUGUAGUGGUGCUUGAAAACACUCAUCUUGUCAGCUGGACUUUACUAUCUAUUCUAGUCUAAGGAUUUUGAUACUAUUCAUAUUACAGUCUUUUUAGGAACAAUCAGUUAUACUUGUGGUAAAGUACUGAGUGGCGGGUCCCUUGAAGCUGCAACAUAUGUCUUCCCUCCGACCCCCCCCCCCCCAGGUGUUCUCUUGUAGCUACCUAGCCCUGUUCUGCAAUAGUGCUGCAGAGUCCUCAAUAUGGAUGGAGGGCUGGUAUCCUCUGGGAAAGUCUCUGCGGUCUCCCUGGAGUGUGAGUUACUGGGUGUUAUUGCCAAAGGGAUGCCCAACUUUCCAUUUGACAUCUGCUUUUUGAGAAUCCAGAAACUGAUGGUUGGAAGUGAUGAUGGAGAAGGAGCAUGGGUUUUAAAAAGAAAGAAAUGGAUGAGCCAAAGGUCCCUUAAAAAAGAUGUUGAUCUGUGUCAUCUCUGUGUAAACAGUUGGGAAAACAGAUGAACUGGUGUCUUAAGCUGUGUUUCAGAAAAUUCUUGGUCAGAUUUUCCUGGCUGGGAGACAACCUAAACAUUAUGUAGAUCCCAUGAGGGUGAACUGGAGACUUGACUCUGGUUCUAUAGCAACACAUAGGGACAGAUUUGCCCAGAGGGUGAGAAAACACUUGUGUUAAGCGGGGAGAGUUUGUAAGGGGGUUAUAGCUCCCAAGUGAAGUAUAUAGAAGUUGGAGAUGAGCUGUGGGAGAAAGACCAACCAGGAGUGACUCAGUCAAGUGCACCUGCCACCCCAGUGUGUGUGGCUUACCAAGAUCAGUUCAGGAUGUCUGAAGCUGAAGACAGGAGGAGUAGGCUCAGCUGCUGAGAGGAUCCAGGGUGGCCCCUUUGACUGAUGAGCACAGUGGGUUUCUUUUCAGACCCUCCUCUAGAGUUGAUGCAGAGUCAUCUGUGGACACUUUCUAGCAUCCUCUUGCUUGUGGAAGCAUGGAACCCAAUGAUGGGCCUUGACUGGAGCUGAUCCAUACUCUUAGGAAGACUUGUUUGAGAAUCUUUGCUUCCUACCCUGGCGGUUUCGGCGGUGUCACUUGUUACAUGUUUUGACUGCAGUGCUCAUUCCCACUGGCUUCACUUGACAGUUGCAGGUGGGAAAGCCAGUUCCAGCAGGUGGGGAAGUGGCUCUAGAGUCCUGCCACCCCCACCCAGCUGCUGCAAAGGCUACUUGUCCCCCUUACAAGCGUCCCUUCCGUGUGCUCCUUGGCCCUCUUGAUCGCUACUCCUCCUGUCCAGUGACUAGAUUAAUGCUGCUCAGAGGCUGUUAACUCAAGUCCUUGACAUGUUUCAUUUACAAUUAUGUGGAUUAUUUAUUUUAGGAGCUUUUUUUUUUUUCUUUUACAUUUUCAAGGGCCAAAUAGCCCUACAGAUAUAUGAGCUGUUGAGCUGUGUAGGAAAUACUGUCCCAAAUGUUGCCAAAUAUUGACUUUGUAAGGGGGCUAUCAAGCUGCUGUUUAUAAAUCUGAAUGUCUUUAAAAAAAAAAAAGCAUUCUUGCUUGCUCUCUCUGUUGUAGAUGGUGUCUUAGCAAGUCCUGAGUUUUUCCAAUGAACCCAAUUUUAAUAUAUGGUAUUUUUGUAUGCCAAAACUGGUGUCUUGUCCUUUGUAUAUGUGGUAAUGUUGAUUUUAUGACUACUGUUCAAACACAUUUGCUAUGAUUAAAAUUCAUAAAAUGAUUUCAAA